CUGGCGCUCAAGGCUUCAUCCUCCGCUGCCUGGCUGGUACCUGUCUCCUGCCGUCCGCUCCCCGCCGCCGGGUCCUCACAUCGUCCGGGCCGCGCCGCCGACAUGGGCCCGCGCCAGCCGCGCUGCGGGGCCAGGAACCGUUAAGGCGCGGUGCGAAGAUGGGCGAGGGCAGAGCAGGGCCCGAGCGCCAGCCCCAGCAGCCCGGGCGCCCCGCGCGCGCCCGCCCGCGUCGCCGCGGGGAUGCCCGCGCCCGCCGCCGCGCCCUGAGCGCCUUUGUCUGCCUCCCGCGCCACUCGCAUCACCCCUAGUUUAGCCGGCGCCGGAUCAUGGAGCUGAGCCAGCCAACCUCCCUGUCGGAUCACGACGAGCCGGCGUCUGGGCCCCAGCGCGGGGUCAAGGGGCCGGUGGGGCCCGACGCUCUUCGCGGCUGGUCAGAUGAGCCCGAGGAACACGCCCAGCUUCAACGGUGGCCAGAGGGACCCAACGCGCCAAUCUGCUGGCCCGAAGAGGUAGAGGAGCCUGUCGCUCCUAGCCACUGGGUCAAAGCGCCCGACGCCCCUCGCUGUUGGUCCCAGGAGCCCGACGUAUCCUGUCACUUGGCCAAGGAGCUGGAAGAACCCGACGCCCCUCGCUGCCUACCCCAGGAGUCAGACGCACAGUGCCACUUGGCCAAGGAGCUGGAACAAUCCGAUGCCCCUCACUGUUGGCCCCAGGAGUCAGACGCACAGUGCCACUUGGCUAAGGAGCUAGAGGAACCCGACGCCCCUCUCUGCUGGCCCCAGGAUCCAGAUGCACAAUGUCACUUGGCCAAGGAGCUGGAACAAUCCGACGCCCCUCGCUGCUGGCCCCAGGAGUCAGACACUCAGUGCCCCUUGGCCAAGGAGCUGGAGGAACCCGACACCCCUCGCUGUUGGUCCCAGGAGCCAGAUGCACAGUGCUCCAUGGCCAAGGAGCUGGAGGAACCCGACGCCCCUUGCUGUUGGUCCCAGGAGCCAAAUGCACAGUGCCACUUGGCCAAGGAGCUGGAGGAACCCGACGCCCCUCGCUGCUGGCCCCAGGAGCCAGAUGCACAUUGUCACUUGGCCAAGGAGCUGGAACAAUCUGACGCCCCUCGUUGCUGGACUCAGGAGUCAGACGCUCAGUGCCCCUUGGCCGAGGAGCUGAAGGAACCCGACGCCCCUUGCUGCUGGCCCCAACAGCCCGACGUACCCAGCCUUUUGGACAAGGAAUGGGAGGAAUCCAACUCACCGUGCUUCUUGGCAGAGGAACUGGAAGAGCCUGAUGCCCUUCACUGCUGGCCCCAGGAGCCCGAUGCACCGUCCUUCUUGGCCGAGGAGUUGGAAGAGCCUGACGCCCCUUACUGCUGUUCCCAGGAGGUGAACACAGGGUGCCUCUUGGCCAAGGAGACAGUGGAGCCUGACGCUCCCCACCUGUGGCCCGGGGAACCCGAUGUACCGUGCCUCUUGGUCAAGGAACCGGAGGGAUCCGAUGCACCUCGUUGCUGGCCCGAGGAGCCCGAUGCACCCAGCUCACCGUGUUUCUGGGGCAAUGAACCAGAGGAGUCGGACGCACCUCGUUGUUGGUCGGAGGAGCCCCAGGUGCUGUGCCUCUGGCCGGAGGAGCAGAACGCAACGCUGUGCUGGCAGGAGGAGCCGGAUGCACCCUGCUUCUGGCCGGAGGAGCGAGAGGAACCCAGAGUUCCAUGUCUCCAGUUUAAAGAGCCAGAGAAGCCCAAAGUCCCGUGCAGCUGGCCGGGGGAGCUGGAAGACUGCCGCCCUACGCGGGGCCUACCCCUAGAGCCUUUGCCUUCCGAGGGCGAGCUGCUGCAGGCAUGUCCCGGGCCACCCUCGGACCCAGGCUCGGCAUUGUCGCUGUCCAGCGAGCCCGGGACAGCCCAGGAGGAGGGUGCGCGCCUCAGGACUGUGUUCGACGCCCUGGACAGGGAUGGGGAUGGCUUCGUCCGCAUCGAGGAUUUCAUCCAGUUCGCCACGGUCUACGGGGCGGAGCAGGUGACAGACUUGACUCAAUACCUGGACCCCAGUGGGCUUGGCGUCAUCAGCUUUGAAGACUUCCACCAAGGGAUUGUGGCUAUCAGAAGUGGAGAUCCUGAUGGCCAGCUGCACAAUGUGGAGCCUGUCCACGAUGAAGAGCCCCCUGCCUGCGCCGAUGAGUUUGACGACUUUGUCACCUAUGAGGCCAAUGAGGUGACAGACAGCGCAUAUAUGGGGUCUGAGAGUACCUACAGUGAGUGUGAGACCUUCACAGAUGAGGACACCAGCACCUUGGUGCACCCUGAGCUUCACCCUGAAGGGGACGCUGAUAGUGCUGGUGGCUCAGCUGUGCCCUCAGAGUGCCUAGACACCAUUGAGGAGCCUGACCAUGGUGCAUUGCUGUUGCUCCCAGGCAGAACCCGCCCCCACAGCCAGGCUGUCGUCAUGGUGAUUGGCAGUGAGGAACACUUUGAAGAUUACGGUGAGGGCAGCGAGGCAGAGCUGUCCCCGGAGACCCUCUGUAAUGGGGAGCUAGACUGCGGAGACCCUGCUUUUCUCACCCCCAGCUCCAACCCUCUUGCCUCAAAGCUGCGCACCGCCCUCACUGAUGAGGUCUUUGAGUUUUACUGUAGCCAGUGCCACAAACAGAUCAACCGCCUCGAAGAUCUUUCUGCCCGCCUGACUGACCUUGAGAUGAAUAGCCCAGCCAAGCGGCUCUCCAGCAGGAAGGUGGCAAGGUAUCUGCACCAGUCGGGUACUCUGACCAUGGAUGCCCUGGAGGACCCUCCCCCUGAGCCUGUGGAGUGCCCAGAGGAGGAUAUUGCUGACAAGGUUGUCUUCCUGGAGAGGCGUGUGUCAGAGCUGGAGAAGGAUAGUGCAGCUGCCGGGGAGCAGCAUGGCAGGCUGAGGCAGGAGAACCUACAGCUGGUGCACAGAGCCAAUGCCCUGGAAGAGCAGCUGAAGGAGCAGGAACUCAGAGCCCAGGAAAGGGUCCUGGAAGAAACCAGGAAGCAGAAGGAGCUCCUGUGUAAGAUGGAACGUGAGAAGAGCAUUGAGAUCGAGAACCUGCAGGCCAGGUUGCAGCAGCUAGAUGAGGAGAACAGUGAGCUGCGGUCCUGCACACCUUGUCUGAAGGCCAACAUCGAGCGCCUGGAGGAGGAGAAGCAGAAGAUGUUGGAUGAGAUUGAAGAGUUGACACAGCGGCUCAGUGAAGAACAGGAGAAUAAAAGGAAGAUGGGGGACAGGUUGAGCCAUGAGCGGCACCAGUUCCAGAGAGACAAGGAAGCAACUCAGGAGCUGAUCGAGGACCUCCGCAAGCAGCUAGAACAUCUGCAGCUCCUCAGACUUGAGGUGGAGCAACGACGGGGCCGCAGCAGCAGCCUGGGCCUACAGGAAUAUAACAGCCGUGCAAGGGAAAGUGAGCUUGAGCAGGAGGUCCGCAGGCUUAAGCAGGACAACCGCAACCUGAAGGAGCAAAAUGAUGAGCUAAAUGGGCAGAUCAUCACCCUCAGCAUCCAGGGUGCCAAGAGCCUCUUCUCCACAUCCUUCUCUGAGUCGUUGGCUGCAGAGAUCAGCUCUGUCUCCCGAGAUGAGCUCAUGGAAGCGAUCCAGAAGCAAGAGGAGAUCAAUUUCCGCCUGCAGGACUACAUUGACAGGAUUAUUGUGGCCAUCCUGGAGACCAACCCAUCCAUCCUAGAGGUCAAGUAGGACAUCUUAGCCCAGUUUGGGCUGAGGAUAGACUCCACAGCACCCCAGAGUGGCCAAGCCGACCAGCAGGUCCUACAGCUUACCAAGCCUAGAGAGUGUAUGGGGAGCCCUUGCGCAGCUGGACUGGGAGAGUAAAGAUAGGGGCUGCAGAGGGCAGUACUGAGGAAGAAAGGGAAGUCCACAGCAGGUGAGGAGUGAGGCUGGGCUCCCUGGAUAUCAGGAAGCCAGGGCCUCCCACCACAAGCUCACCUAGCCAGCCACACCCAUGUCUCCUCAGCAGAAUACAAAUAUGUGGGGAUAGUCUCUCAGGCAGAGUGGGCCCCUCAAUGGCUCUGGCAUACCCCUCUUCCUGCUAUGCAGCCCUGUUAGGAAGAGGUAGAAAAUGAACCCUCACCUCAGUUGCUGCCUCUCACUCAUGUUGACAUGGUGCCACCCAAGCCUGGCCAUUCCCACAUGGUUUGCAAGCUGAGGAUCCACAAGUUGGACAUAGACGUGGUAGUCCUGGAAAGACAGGCAAAGAUGGCACCCCUUAGGUCUGGUCUGUAGCCACAGGCCAUCUAUUCUCCUUGUGCUGCUCAGGCCUUCUCCUUCCAGAUGGGCUUCCAUUCACCUUCGGACCCAAGGCCUCCAAGCCACACAGCCAUUAUCUGGCCAGACCCUCGCUACAGUCACUCGUCAGCUCUGGUCCUUGUGGGGCUGGGGCAGCUAGUUCCUGCUGACUGUGGAACUUACUUCUGGACUGGUGAACACCCCCAGGUGCAGGUGCUGCUUCUCCUCAGGUGUGGCCUACCCUGGCUCCUGGACCCACACCUCCUCAGGCUGACCGACUGACUGCCUUGGGAUAAGUUGACAUUUCCCAGGCAGUAGUCUAGGCCUCUGGAACAAAGUUUCCUUCUCUGCUUUUGACUUAAAAUCCUUGGGUGUCCCCCAGGAGUCAUUUUGCUGGUGGGUAGGUGGACGAGGCUCUACACAGGCCCAGAGACAGAGAAAGGCUUGCUGCUUGCCCUUGCACCACUCCAAGUGCAGCUCAGGCCUGAACCCUGAGCACUAGCCUGGAGUCUGGGCGCACCAUGUGAGACCACACACCAUAGGCUGUGUGAGUGUGAGUGUGUGUGUGUGUGUGUGUGUGUGCGCAUGCAUGAGUGUGCACACAAGUGUGAAUGUAUGUAAGCUUGUGCCCACACAUGCUGCCCUGCAUCCCUUCACUGCCUACCCCUCCCCCACACCUACCUUCUACACUACGGUUUAAGAUAUUGCCUCGUAUUGUACAUUUUGGGGAAAGCCUUGUGUGUAAAUCAGUGUAAACUUGGAGGAGAGAUUUUUCUAUCAUGUAGAGUAGGUAUUUUUUAUAGACUGAAGGUUGAUCAAUUUUUUAAUACUUUCCAGAGAGAAAACUAUCUGUGUAUACAUAUGAAAUAUAUAUAUAUAUAUAUAUGUAUAAUAUAUCAAUACUGGAGCCCUGCCUUUCUGUGCCCAGGUCCAAGUCCUGUAUAAGGGCUUGUGGCCUUCUCUGCUGUCUGCCCUGCAGUUCUCACUGUAAACACAGGUCUCCAGGAGACACUGGGAAACACACCAAUUACCAACUUGCUCACAGCUUCUGCUUCAGCUCCCGGAGAAGUAGCUCUUUCUCCAGGGCAUGGAAGGAUGGGAGACCAGCAGGAUCCUGUCCCAUGUGUCAGCCAUGACAGAUUAAAGCUGUUACCGCA